AUUUCUGGCUUGCUACACAGCGGUCUGCUGUUAGGUGGUCUUAUGAUCGGGUUUUAGCUUAUAAAAUAAGUGUUUUUUAAUUGACCGAAAUACGUUUUUAUUAUUUUAUUGCUUUUUAUUUCAUUUUUAUUUAAACCGAGUCGACUGUUUCCGACCGAAACCCCCACGCGAAUUGUGUGUUUCUUCUUAUCUACUUCUCUGUCGUUGGAAAACAAUGAAAUGAAGGCCUAGCGUUACUAGUUAAUCGGCAAAAUAGCGAACGUCAGCUAACUAAAUCAGAUAAUCUGCUAGCCUGUGUGGGAUUUCAAUUGAUGACUGUAUUAUUCAUCGACAUUACACUGUGAAAUCAAAUCAGGUAUGUCGUCCCAGCUCCAGGUGUUCUCUGCUCCCUCCAGCUCCUCCAGCGCAUUUUGUCGUGUCAAGAAGAUGAAGGUGGAGAACUGUGUUUGGGACGCUUCCUCUGACUGCCCAUACGGUUCCGCGGGGGGACAGCAGGGAGUAGGGGGUUACUCCUUCACCCCUGCACUAGGCAUGGCAGUGCCUCCCUUUGCCCCCUCUGCGUUAGUGUUCCCUCCCGCCCCAGGCUCCCGUGGCCAGGUGGUGGUCAGGCCAGCAGACAGCACGGGCAACCUCCCCCGGGGUUCCAGUCGCCGCCUCAACGACCAGUACACACACUCCUCACACACAAACUCUGAGACGGCCAGCAUGGGGAACGGGAUGCGCCGACAGGGCCAGAAGAGGAAGAAUGACGAGGUCGUCAAGGGGAGCGGGAGCGGCUGUGGGAGUGUUCAGAUCUUAGAGGAGCUCUCUGCCCCUCCUCCCGUCUUCUCUACGCGUACGGGGGGAGGAGGAGGGGGUACGGGCCAGUCCAUCCCCCACUCGGCCCCCACCACCAAGAGCUCCAGCUCCAGUGGAGAGGGGGACUACCAGCUGGUGCAACAUGAGAUUCUGUGUUCAGUCUCCUGUAGUUAUGAGGUGCUGGAGUUCCUGGGGAGGGGGACCUUCGGUCAGGUGACCAAGUGUUGGAAGAGGGGAACCAAUGAUAUCGUGGCCAUCAAGAUCCUCAAGAACCACCCCUCGUACGCACGACAGGGUCAGAUCGAGGUGGGCAUCCUGAACCGUCUGAGCGCGGAGAACGCCGACGAGUUUAACUUUGUGCGUUCCUACGAGUGUUUCCAACACAAAGGUCACACCUGCCUGGUGUUCGAGAUGCUGGAGCAGAACCUGUAUGACUUCCUGAAGCACAGCAAGUUCAGCCCCCUGCCGCUACAACACAUCAGACCCAUACUGCAACAGGUGGCGACGGCGCUGAUGAAGCUGAAGUCUCUGGGUCUGAUCCAUGCUGACCUGAAGCCAGAGAACAUCAUGCUGGUGGAUCCACUCAGACAGCCCUACAGGGUCAAGGUCAUCGACUUCGGCUCAGCCUCACACGUCUCCAAGGCUGUCUGCUCAACGUACCUGCAGUCACGAUACUACAGGGCUCCAGAGAUCAUCCUGGGCUUGCCGUUCUGUGAGGCUAUAGAUAUGUGGUCUCUGGGCUGCGUUAUAGCUGAGCUGUUCCUGGGGUGGCCCCUGUACCCCGGGGCCUCGGAGUACGACCAGAUCCGGUACAUCUCCCAGACCCAGGGCCUGCCUGCAGAGUACCUGCUGAGUGCCGGCACCAAGACAAGCCGCUUCUUCAAGAGAGGACCUGACUCCAGCUACCCCGUCUGGAGAAUCAAGGCCCCUUCGGACCACGAGGCUGAGAUGGGCAUCAAGUCCAAGGAGGCUCGUAAAUACAUCUUCAACUGUCUGGACGACAUGAUGCAGGUCAACCUAUCGUCUCACCUGGAGGGGACGGACAUGCUUGCGGAGAAAGCUGAUAGGCGGGAAUUCAUCGACCUGCUGAAGCGGAUGCUUCGAUUGGACGCUGACAAGAGGAUCACGCCCACUAAGACGCUGGGUCAUCCCUUCGUCACCAUGAGUCACCUGCUGGACUUCCCUCACAGCUCCCAUGUGAAGUCUUGUUUUCAGAACAUGGAGCUUUGUAAACAUAGGAGCUCAUCGUUCGACAACAACAACAACAACAAAACUCUCUUCUCUACGAACACUCUUCCUAGUGCUGCCGCCGGCAACCUCACUGUCACCUUCAGCAGCCAGCUGAGCCAGCACAACCAGGUCCCGUCAGCAGGGGGCGCUGUUCCUCUCAUGAACUACCAGCCAGCCCUGUACCAGCAGGCCACCAUCAACAUCCCUGGUCUGGCCCAGCAGAGUGUCCCCGUGCAGGCACGCCCCACCGGCCUGGCCUGCCAGACUGAGCCCUUCCAGCAGACUCUCAUCGUCUGCCCACCAAACACCAUACAAGGUCUCCAGUCAUCCAAUAAGAGCUCUAGUUUCCCAGUGAGGAUGAACAGUUCAGCCCCCAUAGUGAACCAGAACCAAUCAACACAGCCACUGCAGCUGCAGCCUGCCAUGCUCACACAGGGCUCCUGCACACCCCUGAUGGUAGCCACCCUCCACCCCCACCCCCCCACGGUAGCGGGCGUAGCCCCCCAGUACUCUGUUCCCCUGGGGCUGGGCUGUGAUGCUGGCCACCCCACUCUGCUGGAGCACACUGCCACCGUGCUGCAGGCUUGGCCCGCCGGCACCCAGCAGAUCCUCAUCCCGUCGUCAUGGCAGCAGGUUCCUGGCGUGGCCAUCCACGGCUCCGCCCACCAGACGGUUGUCGCGGAGUCUCCCGUAGAGACGCUCCAUCCAGACACAGCCCAGCACACAAACAGCUGGAGGGGGUCUCAGUACAGGGGAGUACUGCAGCAGAGUCAAUCGACCUCUGACCCUAGCCGGGGUCAGGCCACCCAGAGGUCACAGCAGGAGAGGAGCGGAGCUGGGAAGAGGGCCAAGGGUCGCCGCGGCAACAACAGAACCACCAGGGGUGUGUCCGGUGUGUCGCUGCUCUCCAACGCCAUGCUGACUCCGCCCACCUGCAGUGUGGCAGCUCUCUCUCAGCCAAUCAUCAUCUCAGACACGCCCAGCCCGGCGGUCAGCGUCAUCACCAUCCACAGCGACUCAGACGAGGAAGACGAGAGGAAGUUCCACCCCGCCAGCUGUGGUCCGGCUCAGAGGACUAACGUGAUCAGCUGUUUGACGGUCCACGACUCUGACUCCUCCACGGCCAGCACUCUCCCCCUCACCCCCGCCUGGCACCCUCAAGACCCAGGCUCCAGCACUCAUAGUCCUGUACUGGGAGUGGUGGCACCAUCUGUCAAGACCCAGCCGACUGAGACGGGGCAACUCCAGAGCUCCUAUAUCAAGCCCAAGCGGGCCAAUCGACAGCCCUGUAGUGGUGACAACAGCGACCGCCAUAAGCUUGUCCCCAGCCAAUCACAUCCUCUCAACCUCAGCCAGGUACAGCCUGUAGUCUCAUCCUCAUCUCAGGACCGUUCCCACGGCAGCCUGCGUCGCCAGGCAACCUACCCCCCUAGCCCCGCUUCCCACUACACCUUUCAGGAAGCGCCCUCCCUAAGCGCCGCCCCCAGCCUCUACACCUUUCCCGCCUCCGCAGCGCUAGCCUCCGCCUCUCAGGCCAUGGAACAGUUCCUGGGGCGUGGCCACCCCACCCCUUCCACCUACGCCCCUCCCACCGUCUCUUACGGAGCCUCGGGAUUGGCCCGGAGCGACACAGGGACCAGGAAGGAGUCUUCAGUGGGGUCAGGGAUGAUCCAUGGGGUGGGGCUUCCUGCAACCUAUCAGCACCAGUUUACUGCUGGGCCCCCAUACAUUAGUGUGAGGCCCCGGGCUGAAGCCUACAGCGCAUACCAGCUUAGCCCUCGACGGUUGGGACAGUACCCUUACUUAUGAUGAGACGUGGGGCGCUUUCAGCAGCAUGCAACGUUUUGGAACGUUCAGAUAGAAAAAUCCUAUGUAGAACAAACGUGUCUGUGAAUUGCAGAUCACAUUAGAGCUGGGAUGAUAAACCAAAAAUGAUUGACACCGACUAUACCCGACCACUUAUCGCAGACAUUUUGUUAAUAUCGUUCAUUACAAUAUAAGUAGCCUCUAAUAGAGAAAUGUGAAGUUUGAAAUUAAAUAAGUUUACUAAUAUUGUUGACAGAACAAUUGAUGGCUACAAACAUCAAACUAGUAGUAGUUUAAAGGCCCAGUGCUGCCGUUUUUAUCUCAAUAUCAAGUCAGUUCUGGGUAACAAUUAAGUACCUUACUGUGAUUGUUUUCAUUUAAAAUAAUCUAAAAUAAACAGAAAGCUAAAUAGCAAAGAGCAAUUUCUCAAGCAAGGAUUUUGCUAGGACUGUCUGGGAGUGGUCUGAGUGGGGAGGGGAAACUGAAAACUAGCUGUUAUUGGCAGAGAGUUUUGGAACUCUUUCUUAUUGGUCUAUUAACUAAUUAACCACCUGGUGAUGUCACCAAACACGCUCAAAACUCCACCCCACCAAAAACAGGCUGACAUUUCAGGCGGGCUUUUCAAACAGUUUUUACAUUUAAAGGGCAUUAUCAUAUAUUUUCUUUUUUUUUUACAAUUUCACAGUGUUAUUCCAACCACACAGGGGGGAAAAAAGCAUUUUAGGCUACACUGGGCCUUUAAAGGAUAUUAAAACUACAUAGGAGUU